CCUGUGUUUGAAGAGACUGUAGCCAAUCUGGCCAGCAGUAUGGUCCACGUUAUCUUAUCGGCACCGUCGACGAGCGGUCAGCUGGUGUAGCCGGAAAGCGUUUAAAAGCGGAAGGCCAAGUGAGGCACGUUACCAGAAACGCUCGCGAAACCCGACCCUAAACAUGGCAAACGGCCCCGCCUUCAACCGAGUGCUCUCGAUCCAGUCUCACGUCGUGCACGGCUACGCUGGCAACAAAAGCGCGGUAUUUCCGCUUCAGGUGCUGGGAUUCGAGGUCGAUCAGAUAAACUCUGUCCAGUUCUCGAACCAUACGGGUUACAAAAACGGAUUCAAGGGACAAGUGCUGAACGAGACGCAGCUGGCGGAAGUGUACUCCGGACUGGUAGAUAAUGAGUUGCACAAACUGUACACACACCUACUGACUGGAUACGUCGGUAACCCCGCAUUCCUUGGCGAGAUCGCAAACAUUCUCAAAUCGCUGCGAGCCGCGAACCCGAAGCUCAUCUACGUGUGCGAUCCGGUUAUGGGCGAUGAUGGCGUGAUGUACGUGCCGAAGGAAUUGCUUCCAAUUUAUCGCGACGAAAUCGUGCCACUGGCCGAUAUUAUUACGCCCAAUCAGUAUGAAGUGGAGCUGUUGACUGGCAAGCAGAUCAAAACGGAAAACGACGUCUGGGAAGCGGUGCAAUGGUUCCACGAGAAGGGAGUUGGCACGGUAGCGAUUUCGUCUUCCGAGCUGGGCUCCAAGGAUACGCUGCUGGCAUUCGUCAGCUAUCGCGCUGCUUCCGGGACGGAGCGGUACCGCCUGGCCAUUCCUAAGCAGGGCAACAAUCUUGUCCGCUUCACCGGUACCGGUGAUCUGUUUGCUUCGCUGUUUUUGGCACACUCAACGCUAACGAACUUUGACAUGGGCGCCACCCUAGAGCGGGCUAUAGCGACACUGCAGGCGGUGAUAACGAAGACGCUAAGCUACAUCCCGGAGGAGGUACUGCAGGGAAAGGUGGCAGUGACCUCGCAGCAGCGAGAGCUGAAAAUUAUUCAAAGCAAAUCGGACAUCGAACAACCAAAGAUCACGCUGCGCAGCGAGAAACUUUAAACCACAACUAACCAGACCAACAUUUAAUCAAAUCUUGUUUUUUAUUGUCAAUUUUAUGAUCAAUCGUGUAAAGUGACCAAACAUUUAAUAAUAAAUGCUAAUUUCUAGAAAGCGCA